AUGGCAAAUAGGUGGGCGAUUGGUGCCACUGCUGUGGUUGUUAUUAUGGCUUUGGUCAUCGAGUAUAGGUUCCUGGCUCCCUCUGCAAAAUUACUGUCAAGCAUACACAGCUACGUUGCACGGCUCCACAACGGCACCCCGCGCUUGAUGGACGGUCACGUUGCACGGCUCCACAACGGCACCCCGCGCUUGAUGGACGGUCACCAAUGUCUGAGCGGCAGGCACCAGGGCACCCGUGGGCACCAGCCGGGAUGCUCCCAGUCUGCCAGCGCAUCAGAAAGACUGCAGCCACUCUACGACCCAAGUCGCCCUUUACUGGAUUGAGCAAGA